AAGUGCCUGCCUAGAGGUAGUUUGAGCAAGUUUCAAGGCAAAACUACUGCAAAAUAAAGUAUGGUGGUCUUGAUUCUUUUUCCCCCCAUCCAGUGGAGGGGAACCCGGCCGGUGUGUAAUAUACUUGCACCCCAUGUGUCGUUGGACUCAGUCGUCUCUGAGCGCUCGUGUCGGCUGGUUGUGUGUGUCUUGGCUUCUCGUGGCUUAUACGAGCAGUAUUAUUAUUUCACAAGUGCACCUAUAAAAUAUAAAUAAAUAAAUCUAGAUAAUUGUAGGUACUACUGUAAAACAAACAGUUGACCUUGGUUUUUUAGUUUUUGGUUGACGUUGAGUGAUUUUGAUAAAACUUGUUUUUCAAAGCAUUUUUGUAACGGUCGAUUAUUCGACUGGCGUUGUAAUAAUAACACUACCACCUAAGCUGCUAUACAAGCAGUUUAAAAGCAAGCAAUUUGAAGAAAUCGAAUCAAUUAAAUCAGUGCACAAAUCGAGCAACAAAUAAGGCAGAAAAAAUGGCGACAGCAGAAGCAAAUGACAACAACAACAAAAGUGUUGUGGAGAUGGGGUACGAGACGACUUUGAUGUAUGGCCAAUAUUCGAGGAGUCUUGGAGAUUACGCCAAAGAGCAAGCGGCACAACUUCGCCAACUUGAAAAGAAAAGCAUAACUGGAGCCACGAUUCGCAGAAAGGAACUGCAAACCCAUUAUGGCAAGUGGUUCGCACGUUUUAUCCAUCUGCUCAAGUUCAUAUGGAGCAAAACGUUCGCAAAGAUUGGAGAAGAUUGGGCCUUUCUCGCUAUACUUGGAAUCAUAAUGGCUUUGCUGAGUUUCACCAUGGACUUGGGGAUCUACAUGUGCUUUACUGCGCGAAUGUGGAUGUACAAUGAGUUCACAAUCCAUCCCGCCGUCCAGUACAUGGCCUGGAUCACACUGCCUGUCACCCUCGUUCUAUUUGCAGCCGGAUUUGUAUUUAUAGUUUCACCCCAAGCAGUUGGCUCAGGGAUUCCGGAAAUGAAAACCAUCAUGCGGGGUGUGGUUCUAAAGGAAUAUUUAACAUUUCCUACUCUCAUUGCCAAAACGGUUGGACUUACAGCUGCAUUGGGUUCUGGAAUGCCAUUGGGAAAAGAGGGUCCACUGGUUCAUAUCGGUAGUAUUGUCGGUACUCUUCUUUCACAACUACUCACAUCGUUUAAAGGAAUAUACGAGAAUGAGUCACGAAAGACCGACAUGUUGGCCGCUGCGUGUGCUGUGGGUGUGUCCUGUAGCCUCGGUGCUCCCAUCGGAGGGGUGCUAUUCAGCAUUGAAGUAACUUCCGUGUAUUUUGCAAUUCGAAACUACUGGCGUGGAUUCUUCUCAGCGGUUUUCAGCGCCCUAAUGUUUCGGCUUCUUGCUUACUGGUCCAAUUCAGAAGAAACACUCACGACAGUAUUUCCAACUAGUUUCCAAGUUGAUUUCCCCUACGAUCCUCACGAGUUAUUUAUUUUUGCACUUGUUGGUGUGUUUGGCGGUCUGUCGGGUGCCGUCUUCGUUUUAUUUCACCGGCGGUACGUCCUAUUUAUGCGCAACAAUACAAGGAUCAGCUCUUUCCUCAAAUACAAUCGCUUCAUUUAUCCGAGCAUCGUGUCUGUCCUUAUUGCCUCACUGUUUUACCCGUCGGGUUUCGGUCGUUACUUAGCCACGACACUGUCGACAAAGCAACAAGUCGGCGCCUUGUUUGCCAAUUUUACGUGGCUAAGUGACGAUUUGUCGGUAGAGCAAGCGGAACGGCUCUCGCAUUGGGAUGUAGCAAACACGAAUCUCUUCGUAGGCCUCGGAAUUUUCAUGAGUGCUAAUUUCUUUUUGAGCAUCCUUGCUUCAACUUUGCCUGUUCCUACGGGGAGCCUCAUUCCCAUUUUUAAAGUUGGUGCUGCUUUUGGAAGGAUGAUUGGCGAAGCCAUGUAUCUUUGGUUCCCGGAGGGUAUCCAGACUGGAGGAGUCUUGCAUCCUAUUUUGCCAGGAGGUUACGCUAUUGUGGGAGCAGCGGCUUUCUCGGCCGGAGUAACUCAUACAGUUUCCAUUAGCGUAGUCGUUGCGGAAAUGACUGGUCAAAUCCAGCACAUCAUUCCCGUUCUAGUAGCUGUUAUUGUAUCGAAUGCGAUAUCCACUCUUUUACAGCCAUCACUCUACGAGUCAAUUAUUAUGAUUAAAAAAUUGCCUUAUUUGCCCAAUAUUCUUCCGUCCAGAAGUGCCAUUCACAGUAUUUUUGUCGAGGACUUUAUGAAUCGAAACGUCAAGUACAUCUGGCAUGGUAUUACGUUUGGUGAACUAAAGAAUCUAAUCGCAGAUAGUCAAGGAAUCCGCUCAUUCCCGUUGUUGGGUGACACGGAACAGAAGAUUUUACUUGGCUCCGUUCAGCGCGUAGAAGUAAUCGCAUUAUUAGAACGUCAUAUUGGCGAAGAGCGUCGCUUGGAGGUCGUCGCCAAGCGUCACAUGGAAACUAGAAAAAGGCUGAUCCGACAAAGAGCAAAAUUGGCUACGACUUCAGUCGAUCCUCUACCGACAGCUGCACCGACGCCUGCACCACUACCUGCACCACUACCAAUCUCUCGACCCGAAGUACCGGUAGUACAAGAGCCAGUUCGACGGAAGGUUUCGCGUUUCGAAGUAAUCACGUCGCCUAAUGUCGUCGCCACCGUCAUUUCCGAAACUGGAACCCAACGAUCAGGAGUGCCUUCCGAACCGCCAGUGGUUACCCAUCCAUUGUCUGAUCCAUUAGCGGUGACUCGUAUUACUGUCGAACCUGACGAUAAAGUGGAAUUCCAACAGAGCUGUGAACCGCAACCCCAACGACGCAUCAAAUCUAUUCUGAAGAGAACCAACUCGUUUACUUUUCCUUCAGGAGAACGACCGAAACCCGCUGCUGACCUUUCGGCAAUCACAACUUAUUCGACGGUGACUGGAGCCGAAGGAAGCAAAUUCCGUAAUGUCAUCGAAACCAUCCUUCGACCAAAGCCAUCGGAUUCUAAUGACGUUGACAAAUUCAGUUUCUUCAAUAGCAUGACGUCGAUGUCAGACAGUCCACCAAGUUUCAGGAGAAAGGGAAGUCUUUCAUUCAAGAACAAGGAGCGAAGUGCUGAUAUGUCCCCUGAAGAAAAAGAAGCAUGGGAGGAAAAAGAAAUGCUCAAGAAAGUUGACUUUAAUCAAUGCUUGAUAGAUCCUGCCCCUUUCCAGUUAGUUGAACGAACCUCAUUACUCAAAGUCCAUUCCAUAUUUUCUUUACUUGGAGUCCACCACGCUUACGUUACCACUCUCGGGAAACUAGUUGGUAUUGUUUCUUUAACCGAGUUGCGCAAAGCGAUUGAAGACGUCAACUCGGGUGUUCUCUUAGGAGCGAGCGCCCAGUCAACAGGUAACGUGUCGUCGGAGCAGAGCAUUGAAGAAGUGGCGCAAAGUACUACGGAAAAGGAAAGCGAAAUAGUGUCACAACCAGCGCCGGAUACAGAAAACUAUGAUUCACUGACAACUGCAUCUUCCCGUCAUGUUAAGUUUAUGUUUUUACGAAGACUGUCAGUCUCACCUGGCUCAGAAAUGACCGACAUUAAUGUUUCAGAGGGCAGGAGCAGUUCUCCUGCUUCAAAUUCUCGCAGUGAUAAUCAACCUUGAGGUACAUUCUCGAGCGUUCACAAAAAAAAAUUUUAGUAUCCAACCUUUUUCCAUCUUCCACUCAAUUUUUUGAAACCCUGUUUGUACCCACCCAUUUCUAAUUCAUGACAGUUGAUUUCCUAACUGUUCAUUUGCCGUUUGUGUACAGUAGCCUAUGAUAUGAAUGCAAUUUGUUCCUCGAAUGCAGCCAAACCCAGAUUCGAAUCUUUCACUUUCUCAGAUGCUGUGUUUGAUUGGUAUUCCUAAGGUGUUGUUUUUCCUUGUUCCAUUUAGUAAGGAGUCCUAGAAAUGGAUUUUGAAGAAAUUAAAUUGUCUGUUUACAAGCGCUGGUCGAUAUCUCAUUUGUUUGAUCGUUGUGUACAAAUACAGUUCGCUAAGGCAA